UUAUCCAGUAAAAAUCGAUUUCCGAGAUAGAAAUAAUAAAAAAAUAAAAAAGCCAGCGAACCAACGCAACAAAACAAGUUGAUUGGUCUGCGGUAAGAAAUUACGCUGGUCCAGGAUGGCGGAUUUCCAAUUGCUUAAACUGCACCAAUGACGUGGAUGCUCCCAAGGCUGUCCCCCAGGCCAAAGAGCCACAGCCAAGUCAUGGGAGGUAUAUUUUCAAAAACUUGACGGUACUUUAACUUCGCGGGCUCUCCGCGAGACAAAGGCCGUAAAAAAGCUUCAAUUCCAGCUGUGCUGGUUCGCCUCCCAAUGCCACUACCGAAAAACCCCCACUCCAUUUCAGAACCAUCCAUUCUCAUUUACCAAAAUACCCUCCAAGCCACCAUCCUUGAUCCAUUCAUGUGCGCAAAGCAAGUCUACCAGAAAUUCCACUUCAGAUACCGAAUACAUACAAACGUCCAUUUCCGCCAUUUCAAAUAAUAAACCCUCAGCCGCCACUUUCCCCAAAACCUCGCCCUCUGCAACGCGUCGUUGCAGUAAUGGCGGCAUUGUGAACAUGAAGAAGAGAAUAGGGUGGAAGUACAGAGAAAUGGUCGGGUUCUCCGCCUUCGUGUCUCUCCUCCUCUUCUACGCCUCGCUGGCGACGUCGCUGACCACCGACGGCCUCGCCCUACUCGCCCUCAAGUCGGCCAUCUCCUCCGACUCGACCGGUGCCCUUGACGCCUGGAUCGACUCCGAUCCGGACCCCUGCGGCUGGCUCGGCGUCACUUGCCACGGCGGUCGGGUCACCGCCCUCGCCCUCUCCAACCGCUCCCUCGAAGGCUACCUCCCCUCCGAGCUCUCCCUCCUCUCCUCCCUCCAGAUCCUCUCCCUCCCCCGCAACAGCCUCUCCGGCCCUAUUCCCGCCACCAUCACCGCCCUCCGGAGUCUCGCCGCCCUCGAUCUCUCGCACAACAACCUCUCCGGCCCGAUCCCCGCCGAGAUCGGCGCCUUGAACUCCCUCUCCCACCUCGACCUCUCCUCCAACUUCCUCAACGGCUCCCUCCCUCCGGGGAUCGCCGAUUUGCCGCGGCUCUCCGGCGUGCUCAAUCUGUCCUGUAAUUCGUUCUCCGGCUGGAUACCGCCUGCUUUCGGCACCAUUCCAGUCGCAGUGAGUCUCGACCUCCGGCAGAACAACCUCUCCGGCGAGAUCCCCCAGGUCGGAUCGCUUGUCAACCAGGGCCCCACCGCCUUUGCUGGAAACCCCGGCCUCUGCGGGUUCCCGCUCAAGAAUCCGUGCUCCGGCGGCGCCAACAAGCAAGAUCCCACGAUUCCUCUUUCGAACCAUAAUUUUAACCCAAGCUCCCCCACUUCCCGCCCGAUUGAGGCGGAGAAGCGGCUGCGACCGGCGAUGACGGUCCCGAUCCUCGCCGGCGUCGUCCUGGCCGCCAUUUUCUCGAUCUUAGUGCUCCAGUGGCAGUUCCGCCGGAGGUGCGCCGUCGGGAAGGGCAAGGCGGCGAAAAAGGGCAAGGGCGGCUCCGCGGCUGCGACGGAGGACCGGCGGGAGGGGCAGAGCGAGGAGAUCUACGUCGCGGUGGACGGCAGAUUCGACCUCGAGCUGGAGGAGCUCCUCCGGGCCUCCGCCUACGUGGUGGGGAAGAGCCGGGGUGGGAUCGUGUACAAGGUGGUGGUGCGCCCGGGGUCCGCCUUGGCGGUGCGCCGCCUCAGCGAGGCCGCCGAUGGUGAAGGCGACGGCGACGAUUGGCGCCGGCGGAGGGCGUUCGAGUCGGAGGCGGCGGCCAUCGGCCGGGCGAGGCACCCCAACGUGGUGAGCCUCCGCGCCUACUACUACGCCCCCGACGAGAAGCUCCUCAUCUACGACUACGUCCCCAACGGCACCCUCCACGCCGCCCUCCACGGCGGACCGCUGAAUCCAACGGUGCCGGCGCUGCCGUGGACGGCGAGGCUGGCGAUAGUGCAGGGGGUGGCCCGGGGGCUAGCUUACCUCCACGAGUGCAGUCCCCGGAAGUCUGUCCACGGGAACAUCAGGUCCUCGAAGAUCCUCCUCGACGACGAGCUCCAGCCGUACAUCUCCGGCUUCGGCAUCUCCCGCUUCAUCUCGGGGACCCAGAAGUUCACCCGCUCGGGGUCCAAGAAGCUCGUGGGCGCGUCCGGGCGGGGGCCCCACGCGGCGUAUCUGGCGCCCGAGGCGCGGGCGCCGGGGGCAGCGGCGACCCAGAAGGGCGACGUGUACGCAUUCGGGGUGGUGGUGAUGGAAGUGGUGACGGGGCGGCCGGCGGCGGGCUGCGGUGACGGGGAGGGGGAGUUGGAAGGGUGGGUGAGGCGGGCGUUCGGGGAGGAGCGGCCGCUGUCGGAGGUGGUGGACCCGGCGCUGCUGCACGAGGUGCACGCCAAGAAGCAGGUGCUGGCGGUGUUCCACGCGGCGCUCGGGUGCACCGAGCCCGACCCGGAGCUGAGGCCCAGGAUGAGGGUCGUGGCCGAGAGCCUCGACCGAGUCGGCUCGGCGCGCUGAGUGAACGAGGGUCCCGUCGGUAGUUCGAUUGCCCGCUGGGUCCGUCGGUGUUGAUGGUGGUGGUUUGGAAGGGGAAACUGUAGUGAUAUGGUGAUGUUUCUCUGAGGAAACCAUGUUCUCACAUUACUACCAGUGCAGUUCUUUUAUUUCAUAUUGCGG